AUGAAACUAAAACGGAAUUUCAUAGCUUCGCUUGAUAUAGGCACUAAGAACGUCCGUUGUAUUAUAUAUGAUCAGAACGGAAAAAUAAAAGCCAAAAGCAGAUCUUGUGUUCAGCUUCUCAUACCCCAACCAGGCUAUGUGGAAAUAGUAGCUGAAGAAUUAUGGGAGACUGUACUAGAUGUUAUUUACAAUGCAGUUGGCGUUGCGAACAUUAAAUUUGAGAAUAUUUCAUGUUUUGGCUUAUCCUGCCAGAGGAAUACCUUCAUGUUAUGGAACAAAGAUACAGGCAAGGGCUAUCACAACUUCAUUGCCUGGAAUGAUAUCAGAGCUAAUGAUAUAGUACUAAAAGCAAACAGUUCCAUUAAAAUAAGGCUCUUUAAAUUGUUUUCAAGAUGUCUGUUUUUUAUAACCAGAAAUCCAAGAUUUUUGUUUGGAAGCAGUUACAAAUUAACCAAUGCCCAGAUUGCACCAAGGCUUUUGUGGGUCAUAACUCAUAAUCAUCAAGUUGCCAAUGAUUUGUGCAAAAACAGCGUUGCCUUUGGAACUAUUGAUACUUGGCUGUUAUAUAAAUUCUCUGGAAAAAAACUACAUGUCACUGAUGUAUCAAAUGCUAGCGCAACAGGACUUUUUGACCCAUUUCUAUUGACAUGGUCAUCCUGGCCCUUCAAACUUUUUGAUAUUCCUAUGAAAAUGUUUCCAAAUAUAGUUGACAGUGCUGGUCGUCAUUUUGGCUCUGUAGACAGAUCAAUAUUUGGGGUACCCAUACCUCUACGUUGUUGUAUUGCAGAUCAGUCAGCAUCAUUAAUUGGAUCUGGGUGUUUCCAAUGGGGAGAUACUAAGGUUACUUUGGGUACUGGGACUUUUCUGAAUGUGAAUACGGGUGAUCAACCUCUCACUUGUUUUAACGGUUUGUAUCCCCUUGUAGCUUGGAAGUUCAAUAAAGAACUAGUAUACAUGGCUGAAACUGUUUCCAAUGAUACUGGAGUUAUUCUUCAGUGGGCGCAACACUUGGGGUUAUUUGAUGAUUUUAAAGACUGUGAGGGUAUGGCUUACUCUGCAAAAACUAACCAUGGUGUGUACUUUGUACCCGCCUUCAGUGGCUUACAGGCACCCAUUAACGAUGCUACUGCUGUGACGGGAUUUAUAGGGUUAAAAUUAACUACACUUAGACCACAUUUGAUCCGUGCUAUGUUAGAGGGAAUAGUUUAUAGAGUCUUCCAUUUGUUUAAGUCUUUGUAUGGCGAAACUGACUUUAAUCCUAAAUUUAUAAGGUUGGAUGGCGGUGUCUCUGGUAAUGAAUUUGUCUCUCAGAUGCUGGCUGAUAUUUUGAAUUUACCUAUUAAGAGAUCUGAACGUGACGAAAUCUCGGCUAUGGGAGCUGCUUUUUUAGCAGGUCUUUGUUCUGGUUUCUGGAGAGAGAAACAAGAACUGUAUAGUUUAAUGGGAUCGCUUCAUACAUUUUAUCCACGAAAGCUAUAUGUUGAUUACUACAAUGAAGAAUUCGGCAAAUGGUGCAAGGCUGUAGAUAGAUUCACUAAAUGGAAUUGA